AUGUUUGUUCCUAAGAUAUUGUUCUGCCUGUUUAUCAAGUGCUCCAUUAACAUUAAGCCACAAAUUGUAAAACUCGAAACUUGCUUACAACAAGCAAAUAUAUCGUACGCAACUCAACAAUCACCAAUCUGGUCCAAUCUCACCGCCCCAUACAAUCUCCGUCUUUCAUACACUCCGGCGCUGGUUGUACUUCCUACAACCGAUCAGCAAGUAGGACAAAGUAUAUCAUGCUCGGCAAAAGAAAGUUUUAAAGUUCAACCCAAAGGUGGUGGGCAUUCUUAUACGAGCUUUUCAUUGGGUGGCCAAGACGGAAUUGCCGUGGUUUCCAUGGAGAACUUCAAUGAAAUCGAGGUGGAUCAGACGACAUUCAUAGCAAAGAUUGGUGCAGGUCAAAGACUUGGGAACGUAGCUCUCGGAAUCCAUGAACAAGGCAAAAGAGGGUUACCUCACGGUACUUGUCCUGGGGUUGGGAUUGGUGGCCAUGCUACACAUGGAGGCUACGGUUACGAUUCAAGACUGUGGGGCUUAGCACUUGAUACCAUUUUUGGUCUUGAUGUGGUUUUCGCCAACGGAUCUAUCAUAUACGCCAACGAAACACAAAAUCCAGAUGUUUAUUUUGCUAUGAGAGGAGCUGGAGACAGUUUCGGCAUCGUCACGAAUUUCUACAUGCAAACCAACGAAGCUCCAGAGACAGUCACCUACUUCACCGCCAAUCUGAACGAAACGCUCAAAAGUAUUGAUCAACUCACUUCCGCGUUCCUUCGCACUCAAGAUUUCGUCAUCAACUCGCCACUCCUGACCAAAAACAUUUCGUUUGGAUUCUACACAGAUAACAGUGGUGCGCUCAGCAUUACCGGAAUGUGUAUGUUUUGCAACACCACUUUCUUCAAAGAAACAGUCUUCCCAGCUUUGACCGAGGGGGUCACACCGUUUCCCGGAUCAAUCAACAUUACAGAUCUCUCAUGGCUCGACACCUUACAAGUUCUGGCAGGUGCCGAUCCAUUGGCUGAACCCUUGGACGGUUACAACAUUCACGACACCUUUUACGCAAAAUCGGUGGUCACAAAAGAAGCCGAGCCUCUCACAGAAGAAGCAGUACGAAAUUUUUGGGAAUACAUUAUUUCCAAGACAAACAUCAACACUCCACCCUCUUUCUCAAUAAUCAACUUGUAUGGAGCUCAAGACUCGCAAAUUAACGUACCGUCUCCAUCAGCAUCAGCAUAUUCCGAUCGAGAAUCACUUUGGGUCUUCCAAAAUUACGGUUAUACCGCUAAUCACGCUCUUCCGUGGGAUUCCCGCAUCAUCCCUCUCAUUGACGGAUUAAAUGCCGCCAUUGGAAAUUCUCAGCCCACCGGGAACUUUUCUGCAUAUUCAAAGUAUAUUGAUCCGGAGUUGACCGCAACACAGGCUGCAGAGCAGUAUUUUGGACCGAAGACUCAUGAUAAGUUAUUGAGAUUGAAGACGGAAUUGGAUCCGGGUUUCGUGUUUUGGAAUCCGCAAGCGGUGAGAAAUUCAGGAUUGUUGAGCUUGCCUCCGGAUGAGCUUGAGGAUUAUCAGGCCAACUAUGAGUAA